AUGAUCGCGGGAGGAACCGAUCUUCUCGGCGAGCUCAAGGAGUAUAUUGAAACGCCGAAGAAGGUGGUCAACCUCAAAUCUAUCCCCGGUCUGGAUGAGAUUAAAGCGGACUCAUCGGGCUUAACCAUCGGCGCGCUCGUGACACUCACUGACAUCGCUGCACAUACAACCAUUCAGCACCAUUACACCGUUCUGGCAGAGGCUGCUGCCUCCGUCGCAUCGCCACAGAUUCGGAACGUUGGUACGCUUGGCGGUAACCUGUGUCAGCGUCCCCGCUGCUGGUACUAUCGUAAUCCCGACAUUAUCUGCCUGAAAAAGGGCGGCGAUACCUGCUACGCAAUCGAGGGGUUGAACAAGUAUCACGCAAUCUUUGGUGGGGGUCCUGUCUAUAUCGUCCAUCCGUCUGAUACGGCACCGGCACUCAUCGCCCUCGGUGCUACGGUCAAGAUUGUCGGACCCAACGGAGAUAGGACGAUGCCGUUAGAGGAUUUCUUCGUCCUGCCCGACGUCAACCCGCAACGUGAAAAUGUGCUUGAACCGAACGAGGUCCUCACGGAGGUGCAUGUCCCUCAACCGAAGGCGCACACAAAGAGCACUUACGUCAAGAUCCGUGAACGCGGUUCUUUCGACUUUGCGUUGGUGAGCGUUGCCGCUAAUUUCGAGAUGAACGGUGGGAACUUGCAGCAAGGCAAACGUCGUCCUCGGUGGGGUCGCUCCUAUCCCUUGGCGUUCCAAGGAAGCUGA